CACAUUCUAACCAUGAGACUCAUCUUUCAAGCAUAUUUGAUGAUCUUCAUACUGGGCAACUUUGUGGCUUCUCAGUCACAAUCUUCUGGUGAGAAAAAUGCCAUCAACACCACAAUCAUCAACUUCAACAAUGAGAAGAUGCAGAUCACAUGGGCAACAAGAGAGCUUUUCCAUGAUGAGAAUGUGUCAUUUUUUUACACAUUUAGUGAAGGCAAGCACAAAGUUUGGAAGCCAUGUACGACCUAUUUAUUGGAUCAAGAUUAUAAUUCUGGAUGUCUUUUUAAGACAGAAGGACCUACCCUUGCCAUUUCUAUCAGGAACAGCAACGGAAGUGAAGAACUUUUUUCUAAAAAAUUAAAAGCUGAUUUUUACAUAAAGCCCAGUCCACCAGAAAAUGUGACCUUCUUCUGGGAAGAUGACACUGUUACUGUAAGCUGUAAUAAACCAGAGAGAAAUGCAUGGUGCUUGAGACUUGAGCUUCAGUACAAAAGCAAGUUUGACAAAGAGUGGCAAUCCAGAACUUCUAAGUGCUGCAGUGUUGGAGAGCAAGGCUUUGAUCCAAGGAAGUGCUACUCUUUCCGAGUCAGACUGAGGAGGCUCGUACCAUACUGCAAUGUAGUCAAAUACAGCAGUGACUGGGAAGCUGAAACAUUUUGGAUGAAUGGCACGUUAUUAGAUUCAUGUGAUGAUGAUGUAACUCCUCAGUCAAAAAGAGUAAUUGUUUUAAGUUGUUCACUGGCAGUACUCUUAAUGAUGCUUAUCCUCCUGAUUCUUCUGUGUAAAUGGCAGAGGGUUCAGAUGUCAGUCCUGCCUGCUAUACCAGACCCUAAAUAUCCAUUUGCUGAUCUCUUCAAUGAUCAUAAUGGAAACUUACAGGAAUGGCUAGACAAAAAUGAUCAUGUGGUGUUGCAAACCAAGCUAGAAUAUGAAGAACCAGAGUCCAUCACUGAGGCAGAAAGCCAGCAAGAAGAUGAGAACAGUGACAAACAGGGACCUUUGGAAAAAAUCUUCCCUUUUUCAGGAGCAGCUGAAAAAAAUGAUGGCAAAGCAGCUGAGAUUGCCUGCCUGAUACCGGCAUCCAACACUGCAGCUCCUAUUGCUGGCUUCCAUAUUUUAAUGAAUGACGACAUAUUUUGGUGUGAAUUAGGUGUAGGUAAAAUGGGUCAUGUGGCGAGGCGCUGCACCGGGCUGCCCACAGAAGCUGUGGAUGCCCCAUCCCGGUAUGAGUUCAAAGGCAGGCUGGAUGUGGCUUUGAGCAGCCUGGCCUAG